AUUGGCAGAGAGGGGUGGAGGACACUGAGUGGAGGCCAGUGGAGGGAUUGGCAGAGGGGGGUGGAGGACACUGAGUGGAGGCCAGUGGGGGGAUUGGUAGAGAGGGGUGGCAGAUACAGAACGGAGGGAGUUACAGUAGUCAAGACAAGAGAUAAUAAGGGAGUGGAUGAGCUGCUUAGUGGUUUCCGGGGUUAGGAACGGGCGUAUGUUGGAGAUGUUGCGGAGGUUGGAGAUGUUGCGGAGGUUGGAGAUGUUGCGGAGGUUGGAGAUGUUGCGCAGGUUGGAGAUGUUGCGGAGGUUGGAG